AUGUCGAAGGCGCCGCUGUUGUUAAGGUCCUCUCCCGGGUUUGGGACUGGGUCGUAUGGAGCGGCACCAAUAAAUCCUAUCGCGGAGGAAACCACAGGUAAUAAAGAUGGGGAAUCUGACCCGUAUGGUAGGUUUCCUCCCGGGCUGGAAGAGGUGCGCAACCGAAGGCGCAAGUCGCAAAGUACGAGCAGAUCAGGGACCUUGGGCCGAGCAAGUACAUCCUCACUGAGGAUUCGAAGGCCAUCUGAGGAGAUCGGAGGCUCGACCGUUGUGGGAGGCCUUGAGGGCCGAUUUGGAGUCACUGAAACAGCCGUCUUGAACGACACACUUUCCGAUACAAAAUCAGAAUCGGGUGCCUCAGGCCCUUCAGAUGGCGAGUCGGAUGAUGACAGUGCCAGCGAAGUGAUCAACGAAGACGAUCCGCCAGACAACUCGCCCUACGCACAAGUCAGAGCCUCGGUUGCGCCCACCGACAACUACACACUGUCUAUAAGCACACCUCGUAUGUGGAUUCUAUCGACUUUAUUUGCGGUACUUGGAUCUUCCACCAACUUGUUUUUCUCGUUACGAUACCCUAGCGUUGCAAUCACACCAGUUAUAGCUUUAUUGCUUGUACACCCUCUGGGUCUCGUCUGGGACCUUCUAUUGAAACGGGAUGACGACCCCGAGGAAGAAUUCGUUGAUGGCGUGCGAGUCACAGUGGCCGACGCAGCGUCUCCUACCCACUCUAAUCUGCCUCCCCUACAGCAGAGAGGUCGAGCCCAGAGAUUUCGCCUAUGGCUCGCACAAGGAACGUGGAACGAAAAAGAGCAUAGCUGCGUCUAUGUCAGCAGCAAUGUUUCGUUCGGGUUUGCAUUCGCCACGGACGUGAUUGUCGAGCAGACACAAUUCUACAAACAGGACGCUCCAAUAGUGUACCAGCUAUUGCUGACACUCUCGACUCAGAUUCUUGGUUAUGCAUUCGCUGGCCUCACCCGACGCUUUUUGGUACGCCCGAGUGGAAUGAUCUGGCCCGGAACCUUGAUGUCGGCAGCUAUGUUUGGAACCUUGCACAAAGAAGAGAACAAACCCGCAAAUGGUUGGAGGAUGAGUCGAUGGAAGUUCUUCUACAUCAUCUUCUUCUCGUCGUUCAUUUUCUACUUUAUUCCCGGACUUCUGAUGCCCGCGCUCAGCUACUUCAAUGUGAUCACCUGGUUUGCGCCAGACAAUGUCGUCGUCGCAAACCUCUUUGGAGUCGUAUCCGGUCUGGGUCUUUUCCCCCUGACUUUUGACUGGGCGCAAAUAGCAUAUAUUGGGUCGCCCCUGCUGACCCCAUUCUGGGCAGCUAUGAACGUCGUUGGCGGCUUGGUUAUUGUCAUGUGGAUCAUUGCCCCGAUCGCAUACUACACCAAUUUGUUUUACUCGUCGUAUAUGCCCAUACUGUCGGCAUCCGUCUUCGACAAUACUGGAGGUGUCUACGACGUCAGCAGGAUUCUGACUUCAGAUUUCGUCUUUAAUAAGGAAGCAUAUUCCACCUACAGCAGGGUCUUCUUGCCGAUAACUUACGUUCUCAGUUAUGGACUGCAAUUCGCUGGUCUCGCUUCGCUGCUUACGCACACCGCCUGCUGGCAUGGAAAGGACAUCUGGACGCAGUGGAGAAGAUCCCUGAAAGAGGCGGAAGACGAAGGUAAACCAUCAUACCAGCCGCUGGGCACCGAGAACAACGGUCUUUCGCCAAUUGCCAGGGAUGAUGGCGAGAGAGCGAGGUUGGGUAUGAGGAGGUCGAACUCAAACUUCGAUGACCUGCUGAGUCGAGAAGAUGUCCAUAACCGCCUGAUGAAGCGUUACAAAGAUGCACCGAUAUCUUGGUAUUUGAUGACAGCGAUCACGAUGACUGCCAUCGGUAUGUUUGUCGUCGAAUACUAUCCGAUUCACCUACCCUGGUACGGUCUGCUCCUGGCGCUCGGAAUCUGCUCAGUGCUCUUUAUUCCUAUUGGCAUUGUUAUGGCGGUCACGAAUCAACACAGCAGUAUCUAUCUUAUAUGCCAGCUAAUCGCCGGUGCCGCCUUUCCCGGGCGGCCGCUAGCAAACAUGGUCUUCGUAACGUAUGGCUACAUAUCCUCUGCGCAAGGUAUCAAAUUUGCUGCCGAUCUGAAACUUGGACAUUACAUGAAAAUCCCUCCGAGGAUUCUCUUCAAGGUACAAAUGGCCGCUACGAUCAUCUCUUCGCUCACACAGAUUGGCGUCCUCAACUGGAUGUUUGCAAAUGUCCCUGGUCUAUGCACGCCACAAGCGAUUAAUGGUUUCACAUGCCCCAUCGCCAGGGUGCAUUUCAAUGGCUCGAUUCUUUGGGGGGUUGUUGGACCAGCCGAAUUCUUCGGACCUGGCGCAACAUAUCGACCACUGGUUUGGUGCUUUUUGAUUGGAGCAAUUGCUCCUAUACCGUUAUGGCUAUAUGCUCGAGGCAAGAGAAAUAGCAUUGUACGCAAAAUCAACCUGCCUGUCCUCUUUGGAUCUCUUAGCUGGAUUCCACCAGCUACAGGUCUGAACUUCUCGGUUUGGGCAUUAGUGUGCUACAUUUUCAAUUACGUGAUCAAGAACCGGGCAGGCGCCUGGUGGGCAAAGUACACAAUGACAUUGAGCGCUGCGCUCGACUCCGGUCUUGCGGUCGGUAUAGUCACUGUAUUUUUCGGCUUUAUCUUCCCUGGCUGGAUGGAGGGUUUCAGUUGGUGGGGUACUGAGAUUUACAAGCAAGGCUGCGACUGGCAAGCCUGUGCGUAUAACACUGUAGCGAACGGCACACAUUUUGGUCCUGAUAAGUGGUAA